CCUCAUCCCUGCAUUGCAUCAUUUAGACUUAAUGCUGGCGGCGACGGUGCCUCUCUGGUUCGCCGCACCAACACGAAACAUUUCCUGUUUAUCUUUCAUUUUUAAUCAAUUUUACCGUUUCUUUCUCCCGUCUCCGCCGCCUCUCUUGAAGAAGAAAGCUCCGUCGCUGGCCAGCUUCAUUGCCGCUCUUGAAUGAGCUAUUUGAUUUGGUUCAGAGGCUCUAGGAUCAACUGUGGAGAUGCCUUCAAAGUCAAAGAAGCAAUCCAAGGCGCCUUCCAGGCAAUCAAAUUCUGACCCAUCAGCUUCUCCCCGGACACCAUCUGUUUCUUCUCUAGAUUCAGAAGUAAGUGAAGAAGUUCUUAGGUGCUCUCUUCAAGAAGUUUCUAGGCGAUAUCCUUCUCUUAUUGGAAAAUCUGCUUUCAUUGGCCGAGUUAAUGAUGUUGACUUAGAAACCAGAGGCUGUAAAAUUUGGUUGUCAGAAAGUUCUAUGGUUGCUUCUUACCUUGCUCCUGGUUCAUUAGUAUCGGUCUCGCUUGUGGCUUUGAAGAAUGAACAUUCAAAUGGCUUUCCUCUAAGCUUGGUAACAGAUGAAUGUGCUAAAACCUGUGUUGUUGAUUUGGGCAAUGAAACUGCAAAAGAAGUUGGAAACUACUUUGCGCUUACUACAGUUUUUCCAUCUUGUAAGGUUUUGAAGAAUGGAGUGCGAUUGUCUUCAAACCUUUCAUACACACUGGGUUCUCCUGCUUCUGGCAGCACUGUGUUUGUUUAUCCUAUACAAAGUGAAUUUAAAACUGGUCUUGCAAGUGGGAGAGAAAAUGCACAUAAUCCAAAUGCUAAUUACCUCUCACUGCAUAGCUGCAAGCAAUUGCAUCUUGAGCUGACUUCUUUUAAGGACACAGUAAACACAAGCAAUGAUAUGUUUCCUAGAAUGGAGUUUCCUACAGAAAAAACUCAUGGUCGAUAUGAGAAUGGAAUAACAUCUUCCCCUAAGACACCAUUAUAUCAGCCAAAGCUGAGUUCUCCUCAUUCUAGUCAGUUAGCUUCACCAUUAAGUGAAGGGUCAGCAUCAAAUUUCUCAAAACCAAAUGGUUUAUAUGUUGAUUCAUUUGAUGUUAAAGAGAUAUUAAGGGAUGAAAGUUCUAAGAAGCUUCUAGAGACCUGUGCUGCUUCAUGGUUGUAUUCGCGUAAUCUACUCUGUGGAAAUAUUGUGGCCAUUCCAAUACUUUCUGAGCUUUGCAUUUUCCGUGUGAGAGGUGCUGGUAUCACUAAUCAAGAUUUGAAGAAUGGAAGUCAUCAUAGUUUGCCCACACAGAAUCUUGAAUCUAUGGAGCAUGUAGAUAAUGCUUUUGUUGUAGACCAUGAGACUAAAGUGUACUUAUGUUUAUCAUCAGAUUUGUCAUCUGAAACUCUUGCUGAAAGACCUUCACCGUGUCUGCAACUUGACCUUGAAGAAGUGGAAACCAUUAUAGAGCAUGAUAUUUCAGAAUUGGGUGGCUUGUCUAAAGAAUAUGCUGUAUUGAAGGAAAUUAUUUCCUCAUCUGUGAAGAAUGAUUUGUCAAGUUUUGGUUUACAAACUACGAAGGGAGUGCUUCUUCAUGGCCCACCUGGAACGGGAAAGACUUCUUUGGCUCGGUUAUGUGUCCGUGAUGCUGGUGUCAACCUUUUCUAUGUAAAUGGGCCUGAGAUUGUUAGUGAAUAUUAUGGAGAAAGUGAGCAAGAAUUGCUCAAAGUUUUUGAGUCAGCUACACAGGCUGCACCUUCUGUGGUAUUCAUUGACGAGUUGGAUGCCAUUGCUCCUGCACGAAAAGAAGGAGGUGAACAGCUAUCUCAAAGAAUGGUUGCUACUUUGUUGAAUCUGAUGGAUGGGAUCAGUAGAACUGAGGGAGUGCUUGUGAUUGCUGCUACCAACAGACCUGAUAGCAUCGAGCCUGCACUUAGACGGCCUGGAAGACUUGGCAGGGAACUUGAGAUUGGCGUGCCAUCUCCAAAGCAACGACUGGAUAUACUACAUACCCUUCUCAGUAAAAUGGACCACUGUAUUUCAGAUAUGCAAGUUCAGCAACUUGCUAUGGCUACACAUGGCUUUGUGGGUGCUGAUCUAGCAUUCCUUUGUAAGGAGGCAGCCCUAGUUUGUCUUAGACGUUAUGCAAAAUUUAAAGUUUCUUGUCCAGGUUUGGAUUCUUGUGGAAUGCCAAUUACGUACCAUAAAAUGGAAGGAAUGGAAUGUGGAAGUGAUUUAAGAGACAUUUUGAUUAGUUGUUCAGACUCUGCAUCUUCUUGCAAAACAGAUUUGCCUGAUUCUGCUGAGACAGCCUCACAAAUAACAGCUAGUAUCCAGACUGGUAUUAGUGAUAUUUCUGAAGGGAUGUCUUUAGUGAAAGAAAAAUGCCUGCUAAGAUUGGCUUUUGAAGAUUUUGAAAAAGCCAGGAUGAAAGUGAGACCUAGUGCCAUGCGUGAGGUCAUACUUGAGGUUCCAAAAGUUAAUUGGGAAGAUGUUGGCGGUCAAAGGGAGGUCAAAAAUCAGUUAAUGGAAGCUGUUGAAUGGCCUCAAAAACACCAGGACGCAUUCAAGAGGAUUGGUACACGGCCUCCCACAGGGGUGUUGAUGUUUGGACCUCCUGGUUGUAGCAAAACCCUCAUGGCUCGUGCUGUAGCUUCUGAAGCUGGAUUGAAUUUUCUGGCAGUGAAGGGUCCAGAACUUUUCAGCAAAUGGGUUGGUGAAUCUGAGAAGGCAGUGAGAUCCCUUUUUGCAAAGGCAAGGGCUAAUGCUCCAUCAAUCAUAUUUUUUGAUGAAAUUGAUAGCCUUGCCGUAAUUCGUGGGAAGGAAAGUGAUGGGGUUUCAGUUUCUGAUAGAGUCAUGAGUCAACUUCUUGUUGAGUUGGAUGGUUUGCAUCAAAGAGUUGAUGUUACUGUUAUUGCAGCUACUAAUCGGCCAGACAAGAUUGAUCCUGCCCUUUUAAGACCAGGUCGCUUCGAUCGAUUGUUAUAUGUUGGACCACCAAACAAGAAUGAUCGUGAAGAUAUAUUCCAUAUCCAUUUGCGUAAAAUUCCUUGCAGCUCGGAUGUGAGCUUAAAGGAGCUUGCUCAUCUCACAGAGGGCUGUACUGGUGCUGACAUAUCAUUGAUUUGCCGGGAGGCAGCUGUUGCAGCUCUUGAGGAGAGCCUUGAUGCUGAAGAAGUAACAAUGUGUCACUUAAAAGCUGCAAUCAGACAAGCACGACCGUCAGAGAUUCAGUUGUAUCAAGAGCUAUCAGCUAAGUUUGAAAGGCUUGUUCAUUCCAGUACUAUAGAAAAGACACUAGGAUCUCAACAGUGCUCAAUUACAUCGACUGGGCUACCCUUUUGCCGGACCCUGAUAAAAUCCAUGUCACAGUUCUUUGCUCGUUUCCCAGCAGCCCUCCUACACUCAAAGUCUGCUACAAAUGGUUAAACCACAAAUACGAUUGAUUUCAUAACUUAAAACACAUGGAAUUCCUGCUGCUUUCUAAAGAAUGGAGUCGUGAUUUCAUGUUUAUUUCAAAAGCGGUCUUUUGGCAGUGAGAUGGAGUUCAGUUUGUCCUGGUUUCGGUGGUGGUGAUACAGCAGUAGUGCCAUAAGCCCCAUGGUCAUAGAAGAAUGGUAGAGGCAAUGGAACCACAAUUUUGACUCCGCUGGUAUGUUUGUAAAUGUAACUUUACCUGACUGACCUUGUUUUCUUAAUGAUUAUGACACAGUUUUGUGCUUUGGUUUCCGAAUGCACUCCUUCAGAAGGAAUGAGAGGAAACGGCAUUAUCUGUCAAAGUGCUAUUUCCAGGGAGAAAGCUCCCUACACCAAUCAAACAAGGGGCUUUUUGCUAACCCAAAAAGUUAUGGAUUCUUAAUACUAACGUACCAAUUUUUUGUUUCGUCAAAA